UUACCAUAGUUUUAUGGAUUUCCAAACAACAAAUCUACAACCCAGUUCAUCAAAAAUCAGCCGUUUCAAGUCUUCAUUCUCUGUUCUUUAAGCGUUCAGUAAGAAGCAGUAAAUCAUCUGAUUGAUCACUUUUGAAGGGAACAACAAACUCCACUUGCGACUCUCGUAGGUGCUUUCGUGUUUCACUUUCGUGUUUCGUGGAGUUAAUCAUGGGUUCGAGUUUACAAGAAGACGACAUUGAGGAAUUCGAGGUUGUCGAGAAAGACCCAACAGGACGUUACGUAAGGUACGAGGAAGUCCUAGGAGAAGGGGAGUUUAAAACAGUUUACAAAGGUUUUGAUGAAGUUAAUGGCUUAGAGAUUGCUUGGAGUAAAGUUGAGUUAACAGAUAAGAUUUUCAAGUCACAAAAACAUCUUGAGAAUGUAUGUUCAGAAGCCAAUCUUUUAAAGUCUUUAAAUCAUGAGAACAUCAUGAUAUGCUAUUAUUCUUGGGUUGAUAAUGAAAAGAAGACAGUUAACAUGAUUACUGAAUUGUUCACUUCCGGAAAUAUGAGUCAAUAUCGCAAGAAAUAUAAUCGUGUUGAUACAAAGGCAAUCAAGAAUUGGGCUAGACAGAUUUUAAAAGGGUUAGAUUAUCUUCACUGUCAUAGUCCUCCGAUUAUUCAUAGAGAUAUUAAGUGUGAUAACAUCUUUAUUAAUGGAAAUUCGGGUAAGGUGAAAAUCGGCGAUCUUGGACUUGCAGCAAUGCUUCAACAAGGUACUACUACUCGUGCUGCUGGUGGUACACCUGCAUUUAUGGCACCGGAAUUUUAUGAUGAUGAGUAUGAUCAACUUGUUGACAUCUAUUCUUUCGGAAUGUGUUUGCUUCAGAUGGUUACACGGGAAUUACCAUAUAGUGAAUGUACUAAUUCUGGUCAGCUUUAUAAGAAGGUUAGUUCUGGAGUAAAGCCUGCUGCUCUUGGCAAAGUGACUGAUUUACAGGUGAAACAGUUCAUUGAGAAGUGUUUGAGUCCUGCGUCUGAGAGACCGUCUGCGAUUGAUCUUUUGAAUGACCCGUUCCUUGCAUCGAGUUAUAGUGGAUCAUCCAUAGCAUCUAGUAAAACUCUGAGCCUGACAUCUGAAUCUGUCUGUUCAUCAUCUGGUAAACUUGAGGUGGCUAGUUCAUUACCUAGUUUAUCAGCUGCUGCUCCUGUUGAGAUAGCGAAAGCAGUUGUCAGUAAGGAUAAGUUCUUGAAGUUAGAAGGGAAGGUGUUAAAGGAGAAUGAUUCAGUAUCAAUGACAUUAAGGAGUUUUGACGUUGGAGGUCAUACAGAAAAGAUCGAGUUCAUUUUUUUUAUUGAAACUGAUACAUGUCAGUCCGUUAUGGAAGAGAUGGUGAAGGAACUCGAGUUAUCAGUUGAAGAUGCAGCACUGAUAACUGGAAUUAUGGAACGAGUGGUUACAGAAAUUGUGAGGGGUUAUAGUAAGCUUGAAAAAUCACCCAAAUCUCCUCAAGUACAUGCUCAAAAUACAACUGGUGAAGAUCAUGAUUUAGUGCUGCAGGGUGAUUUCAAGUGUAAAGGCGCGAAUGGAAUUGAAGAUUAUCAUCCAAUUAUGCCCGGAAUUUCUUCUGAUGCACUGAAGAUAUGCAUAAACAAACAAGAUACAGAGGCUAUGAGAAUAGAUGAAAGGAAAUGUAGCAAAGUUGUAGCUAAGGCACGUUCUAGAUCGCGUCUUAGAAAGCUGUUGUUUCUUUGCAGGAAUAGAUUUUAGGUUAAUGUUUGGGUUCACUUUUAGUAUAUGGUAGUGCUUAAUUCAUGCUAUGAAAUUUUCAGUGAACUCUUCUCUUUUUUAGCUGCUUGAAUAUGAUGUCUAUUGUUUUUUUCUCUAACUUCUA